AUUUUUGACAAUUGAAUAAUGGUGAUGUGUGAUGUGUUUAUAAUUCGUGUCAAUUGAAGAAAAUAAAUUAAAAAUCCUAAAUAAACCGUUUAAAAAUGCCACUUCGGUUAGACAUUAAAAGAAAGCUAACAGCCCGUUCUGACCGGGUGAAAUGCGUCGACCUCCAUCCCACGGAGCCCUGGAUGCUCUGCUCGCUUUACAGCGGAAACAUAAACGUGUGGAAUCACGAAAAUCAGCAGCUCGUCAAAACAUUCGAGGUAUGCGAUCUGCCAGUGAGAGCUGCGAAAUUCGUUCCGAGGAAAAAUUGGAUCGUUAGUGGAUCUGAUGACAUGCAAAUAAGAGUUUUCAAUUACAAUACGUUGGAUCGCGUGCACGCCUUCGAAGCUCAUUCUGAUUACGUUCGAUCCAUUGUGGUUCAUCCUACACAGCCUUAUAUUUUAACCAGUAGCGAUGACAUGCUAAUAAAGCUGUGGAACUGGGAGAAAGCAUGGGCGUGCCAGCAAGUGUUCGAAGGCCACGUGCACUACAUCAUGCAGAUUUCCAUCAACCCCAAAGACAACAACACAUUCGCCAGCGCCUCGUUGGACCGCACAAUAAAAGUCUGGCAAUUGGGCGCCUCCACGGCCAAUUUCACGCUCGAGGGCCACGAGAAGGGCGUCAAUUGCGUCGAUUACUACCACGGCGGCGACAAGCCCUACCUCAUAUCGGGCGCCGACGACCGGCUGGUCAAAAUCUGGGACUACCAGAACAAAACGUGCGUUCAAACGUUGGAAGGGCACGGCCAGAACGUCACCGCCGUUUGUUUCCAUCCGGAAUUGCCGAUCGCCCUCACCGGCAGCGAAGACGGCACGGUCAGAGUGUGGCACGCCAACACGCACCGAUUGGAGAGCAGUUUGAACUACGGCUUCGAACGGGUGUGGGCCAUUUUCUGCCUGAAAGGCUCCAAUAACGUGGCGCUCGGCUACGACGAAGGUAGCAUCCUCGUUAAGGUCGGUAGAGAAGAACCCGCCGUUAGCAUGGACGCCAGCGGCGGCAAAAUCAUCUGGGCUAGGCAUUCGGAGUUGCAGCAGGCCAAUCUGAAAGCCUUACCCGAAGGGGCCGAAAUAAGAGACGGCGAGCGUUUGCCGGUGUCCGUCAAAGACAUGGGCGCCUGCGACAUUUACCCUCAGACCAUUCAGCACAAUCCCAACGGGCGUUUCGUGGUGGUUUGCGGCGACGGGGAGUACAUCAUUUACACGGCCAUGGCGCUCAGGAACAAGGCGUUCGGUAGCGCGCAAGAGUUCGUUUGGGCGCAGGAUUCCAGCGAGUACGCCAUCAGAGAGUCGGGAUCCACCAUCAGAAUAUUCAAGAACUUCAAGGAGAAGAAGAAUUUCAAAUCGGACUUUGGAGCCGAAGGCAUCUACGGUGGUUAUCUGUUGGGCGUGAAGUCUGUAUCCGGAUUGGCGUUCUACGAUUGGGAAACUCUGGAUUUGGUUAGAAGGAUCGAAAUACAACCUCGCUCGAUAUACUGGUCUGAUAGCGGUAAACUGGUUUGUUUGGCCACCGAGGACAGUUAUUUCAUCCUAUCUUACGAUGUCGAAGAAGUUCAAAAAGCAAGGGAUAACAACCAGGUGGCUGAUGAUGGAGUGGAAUCCGCGUUCAAUCUCCUAGGCGAAGUGAACGAAUCCGUUCGAACGGGUCUUUGGGUAGGAGAUUGCUUCAUUUACACGAACGCUGUAAACCGCAUCAACUACUUCGUCGGAGGUGAAUUGGUGACCAUCGCGCAUCUCGAUGGGCCGUUGUACGUGCUGGGCUACGUUCCCAAAGACGAUAGACUCUAUUUAGUCGACAAAGAAUUGAGAGUGGUCAGCUAUCAGUUGCUCCUUUCGGUCUUGGAGUACCAAACAGCCGUAAUGAGAAGAGAUUUCUCGACGGCCGACAGAGUGUUGCCUUCGAUUCCCAAGGAGCACAGAACGAGAGUGGCGCAUUUCCUGGAGAAGCAAGGUUUCAAACAGCAGGCUCUUGCCGUGAGCACCGAUCCUGAACACAGGUUCGAGCUGGCCGUCGCUUUGGAGGAUUUAAAUACCGCCAAGAUGCUGGCCCAGGAGGCCAACAAUCCGCAGAAAUGGAGCCAGCUGGCCGAUUUGGCGGCGUCCACGAAUAACCUCGUAUUGGCCAAGGAGUGCAUGCAGAAAGCCCAAGAUUACGGCGGUCUAUUACUCUUAGCUACCAGUUCUGGAGACGACGAGGUAGUGAGGACGUUAGGCGAAGCCACCGAGGCCGAGGGCAAGCAUAACUUGGCGUUUUUAUCGCACUUAUUAGUCGGGGAUUUGAACAAAUGUUUGGAUAUUUUGAUAAGCACCGGUAGGCUCCCCGAAGCUGCGUUUUUCGCACGGUCGUAUCUGCCCGAUAAAAUAUCCGAAGUGGUGGAACUUUGGAGGGCGCAGUUGUCGAUUACCAAUCAGAAAGCCGGUCAAAGUUUGGCGGAUCCUAAAGACUACGAUAAUCUGUUUCCUGGUCUCCAGGAAGCCAUUGUGGCGCAGAAAUAUUUGGAACAGAACAACUCCGGAUUCAUACCGGCCGCUGCAGCUGCCACGGUUACUCCGAAUCACGAAAGAAACGUAAUAGCUGAAGUGGAGGCGAAGGUAAAAGGUGGAGCUGGUGUGAUGCCGAGCACUUCGCAUCCUUCGGUUACGUUGCCGAGUGAACAGAUGGAGAAACUCUCGAUUACUCAAGAUGAUGACGAUUUGGAUUUGGACCUUGAUGGAGUGAACAUUGAUGAAAAUAUAGAUACAACGGAUAUCAAUAUAGAUGAUGACUUGUUAAGUGAUUGAAUAUAAUUUUAUUUCCAUACUUAGUAUUAUGUGUAUAUUGUUCAUUCCUAUUUUAAGAAGAAAAAAAAACCAUCUUUAAUAUUAAAAUUGUUUAUUUAUCUAGUUUAAAAAAGUGUAUGAAACAAUUAUCCUAAAAUAGCAGCAAUUAUAUUUAAAAUGAUUUAUGAAACGACGGAGAAUUAAAUGAAUUACAAGUGGUACCAAUACGACUCUUCUCUAGCGAAUUAGUUGAUAAAUCGGUGUAAAUAAUCGGAUAGUAUUGAAUUCUUCCACUAGACCAGCCUACUGAUAAACAAGCUCCGGCUUCAAAAUCUAACAAGAAGCUUAUCGUACUGGGUUUUUCAUCUACAAGUCUCGUUAUCAACGAGCUAAAAACAUAAAAAAAUGUAUAUAGCGUAAAUAUUGAAGAAAACACGAGUAUCUUACUUGGCAAUUAGCUGCAAUUCGUGCUGUCUAACGAUAUUAAACACCGCAAUGCAAUCGGUGUCCUGAAAUAUGACGGCUAAAUGUUUUCCUUUGGGAUCGCUCUCCAUGCAUUGCACCAGCCCGCCGACUGUAACUCCAUCGAUAUCGACUUUGGACGUAUCGAACAUGGGCAACGCUUGAUUGGAGGAACUGUCCGAAUCGGAGCGGAACACCAAAUCGUUUUUGACAGUAACUCCGUAUAUAAUCGGCUCGGCGUUCGUGGCAAAAAGCAACGUUGUGCCGCAAUUCGACCAGCUGGCCGAUUGAAUGCGACCGUUCGGUAUCGUCCAUCUCUCGCACUCCCAGUUCCGGCAAUCCCAAACU